GCUCGUCUUGUUUAUCGUAGCAACUGAGAGGGAAAAUUCAAGAUGGAUGCAACGAAGAAACCAUUGUUAAUUCCACCUGAAUUCUCAAAUUAUGCCGAAAAACAUGGUAUUUUUCAGAUUUAUGAGUCCCUUCUGACAAAACUGAUAAUAGAACAGCCUGCAGACCCACUGACCUAUAUGAUAGGUCUUCUGGAACAAGAAAGUGAAGUUCCACAGAUCAUUAUUCAUGGACCUCCAGCAGCAGGAAAGAGAACAAUGUCUGUGAUGGCAGCAAAACAUUUUGACUGUGUCCAUAUCACACUUGAUAAUCUCCUGGCAGAAUCAGAUUCAAAAUCAGCAAAGAAGGCUCAGGAGUACAUAUCAGCAAAAGAGAUGGUACCUACUCAUAUUUGGGUCAGUCUCAUCAAAGAAAGACUACAGAAGGAAGACUGCAUCAAUGUGUAUCAUUCAACAUUUGACCCUCCCAGUGACCUAGCAGUUGUGCAGCGUCUCGUACCAGACUCUAAAUCCUCUGAGAAAGUCAUGAUUCAGAGACUGAUGGAGUACCACAGACAUAUUGAUGGAAUCUUGAUGUGCUUUGAAAAGAUUCACAAGUCCAUAAACGUUGAUCAGCCAAAAGCAGAUGUCUUUUCACAAGUGCUGUCCUAUCUAAAGAUGAAUCAUCGAAAUAAUGCCCCUCAUACCCCGCGAUUGAUUCUCCUGGGCCCAACAGGAUGUGGCAAGAGUGUCCAGGCGGAACUGUUGGCCAGUAAAUAUGGCUUUGUUAAUGUUUCUUGCACAGAGCUGAUCAAACAAUCGUUGGUAGAUGAUUCUAAACUUGGUGAAGCAGUGAGGCCGUAUAUUGAUCGGCACAUGUUGGUACCCGAUGAUUUGGUUCUACAACUACUCAAGUCUCGCCUGGCCCAGUUGGACGCUGUUACCAAAGGCUGGGUCAUUCAUGGCUUUCCUAAGACAAGAGAACAGGCAGAGUCACUGGCCAGGGCUGGCUAUGAAGCAAAUAGGGUGAUUUUUAUGGACGUUCCAACUGACACCAUUCUUGAAAGAUUGACUCUGCGCAGUGUAGAUCCAGUCACCGGUGAAAGGUAUCACUUAAUUUAUAAUCCACCUCGCACAAACGAAGUAAAGCAGAGGUUGCACACGAGUCCGAAAGACGUGGAAUCAGCGGUCAACUCACGAAUAGCUCAGUACCAGGCUUACAUCGAGGAGAUUGCGGAGUAUUACGAGGAGUCUGCGCAGCACAUCAACGCCGAUCAAGAUAUUCACACCGUGUUCGAGUGUAUUGAAAGUAUCAUUGUAAACCCCAUUCCCACAAAGAACGAAGUGUAAUAACGCCAUGCAAGGAGGAUAUGCUUUUAUAAUUAUAUUGUCGGCCACAUUAUUAACAAAGCUGUAUAUAGAGCACUGUCGUGGUGUCUUAACGUGGUACUAAAAGAAUGUUUUCCAUCUGGUCCGUUUUCAGUCUGGAAUGUCGACAUCUUUGGCCUUUUUAGUUGAUUAAAGGUGUGACUUUAGCAAAUUAA